CUCCUCCCUGUUCCCUCCCAGCUCCCGCUUCGGUCCUCCUCCCCCGCGCCAGGGGGCGCCGCUCCGCACAGGGACCCCCGCACCCCGCACCCGCACUUUUCCUCGCCCGCCGCGCGCCCGCGGACUUUGCUCCGCGGCUUUCCAUAACAUCCCUCUGUGUAGACGGGAUCUUCCCACCUCUGAGGUUCUCCGGGGACCACCACCCCUCCGUGAGGGGGUACCCCGAGCUCCAGGCGUCCGAGUCCUGCGCCACCCCCGGGCCUGCAGCCCAGGACCCGCUCCUGCUCCGCACCCUGGCUGGCUGCCUGGCCGGGACUGCGCACCUGAGCCCUGGGGCGGAGUCCUUACCUCAACCCCAGCUUUACUGCACACAGCCGAGCCCGGACGGGCUUCCUCCCCCUCUCCAUCUCGGACACCUGGUGGAGCCCGGGCUGAGAGCCUCCUCCAGCUCCCAUCUGUUCCCCGCAGGAGGGCGGGGCUCAAGCUGGAGCCAGAGCGGUAGAUGGGCACAGACUCCCCCUCCCCCCGGCCCCUCAGGCCGGGGGUGAACUUGCCCCCUGGAUCCCUCACCAUGAAUAGCAAGGAUACCACCGAGGUUGCUGAGAACAACCACCACCUGAAGAUCUUUCUCCCCAAGAAGCUGCUGGAGUGUCUUCCUCGCUGCCCACUGCUGCCUCCAGAGCGGCUACGGUGGAAUACAAAUGAGGAGAUUGCAUCCUACUUGAUCACCUUUGAGAAGCAUGAUGAGUGGCUAUCCUGUGCCCCAAAGACAAGGCCUCAGAAUGGCUCCAUCAUCCUCUAUAACCGCAAGAAAGUGAAAUACCGAAAGGAUGGUUAUCUCUGGAAGAAGCGGAAGGAUGGGAAGACUACCCGAGAGGACCACAUGAAGCUGAAGGUCCAGGGCAUGGAGCCUGUCUCCUGGCAGUGUCUCUAUGGCUGCUACGUUCACUCUUCCAUCGUCCCCACAUUCCAUCGGCGCUGCUACUGGCUGCUCCAGAACCCUGACAUCGUCCUUGUGCACUACCUGAACGUCCCAGCCCUGGAGGAUUGUGGAAAGGGCUGCAGCCCCAUCUUUUGUUCCAUCAGCAGCGACCGUCGAGAGUGGCUGAAGUGGUCCCGGGAUGAGCUAUUGGGACAGCUGAAGCCCAUGUUUCAUGGCAUCAAGUGGAGCUGUGGGAAUGGGACAGAGGAAUUCUCUGUAGAACAGCUGGUGCAGCAAAUCUUGGACACUCACCCAACCAAACCUGCACCUCGAACCCAUGCCUGUCUCUGCAGUGGGGGCCUUGGUUCUGGGAGCCUUACGCACAAAUGCAGCAGCACGAAACACCGCAUCAUCUCUCCCAAAGUGGAGCCCCGAGCUUUAACCCUGACCUCUGUCCCCCACACUCAUCCCCCUGAGCCUCCUCCACUCAUAGCUCCACUUCCUCCAGAGCUCCCCAAGGCACAUACCUCUCCAUCCUCUUCUUCCUCUUCGUCCUCCUCAUCAGGUUUUGCAGAACCCCUAGAAAUCAGACCUAGCCCUCCCACCUCUCGAGGGGGUUCAUCAAGAGGAGGCACUGCUAUCCUCCUCCUCACAGGACUGGAGCAGGCUGCUGGAGGAUUGACGCCCACCAGACACUUGGCUCCCCAGGCUGAUCCGAGACCUAACAUGAGCUUGGCUGUAGUUGUAGGCUCUGAGCCCUCUGCCCCACCUGCUCCUCCCAGUCCUGCCUUUGACCCUGAUCGUUUUCUCAACAGCCCCCAGAGGGGCCAAACCUACGGAGGAGGGCAGGGAGUAAGCCCAGACUUCCCUGAGGCAGAGGCUGCCCAUACCCCCUGUCCUGCCCUCGAGCCUGCUGCUGCCCUAGAGCCCCAGGCAGCUGCUCGGGGUCCUCCUCCACAAUCAGGAGCAGGUGGGCGAAGAGGAAACUGCUUUUUCAUCCAAGAUGAUGACAGUGGGGAGGAACUCAAGGGCCAGGGAACUGCCCCACCCAUACCUUCACCCCCUUCCUCACCCCCACCCUCACCUGCCCCUUUGGAGCCAUCAGGCAGGGUAGGAAGAGGGGAGGCCUUGUUUGGAGGACCUGGUGGGGCCAGCGAACUGGAGCCCUUCAGUCUUUCAUCAUUCCCAGACCUUAUGGGAGAACUCAUCAGUGAUGAAGCUCCAAGCAUCGUGGCCCCAACCCCCCAGCUCUCUCCUGCUCUUAGCACCAUCACAGAUUUCUCCCCAGAGUGGUCCUACCCAGAGGGUGGGGUCAAGGUGCUCAUCACUGGUCCUUGGACAGAGGCUGCUGAGCAUUACUCCUGUGUCUUUGAUCACAUCGCAGUACCAGCCUCACUUGUCCAGCCUGGUGUCUUACGCUGCUACUGUCCUGCCCAUGAGGUAGGGCUGGUGUCUUUGCAGGUGGCAGGGCGGGAGGGGCCCCUUUCUGCUUCUGUGCUCUUUGAGUAUCGAGCCCGCCGAUUCCUGUCUCUGCCUAGUACUCAGCUUGACUGGUUGUCACUGGACGACAACCAGUUCCGGAUGUCCAUACUGGAGCGACUGGAGCAGAUGGAGAAGAGGAUGGCAGAAAUUGCAGCAGCUGGUCGGGCACCUCACCAGGGUCCUGAUGCUCCUCCAAUUCAGGAUGAAGGCCAGGGCCCCGGGUUCGAGGCACGGGUGGUGGUCUUGGUAGAGAGCAUGAUCCCACGUUCCACCUGGAGGGGUCCUGAGCGCCUGGCCCACGGAAGCCCCUUUCGAGGCAUGAGCCUCCUGCACCUGGCUGCUGCUCAGGGCUAUGCCCGCCUCAUCGAGACCCUGAGCCAGUGGCGGAGUGUGGGGACUGGAAGCUUGGACUUAGAACAAGAGGUUGACCCACUCAACGUGGAUCACUUCUCUUGCACCCCUCUGAUGUGGGCUUGCGCCCUGGGACACCUGGAAGCUGCUGUGCUCCUUUUCCGCUGGAACCGACAGGCACUAAGUAUUCCAGAUUCUCUGGGCCGGCUACCCCUGUCUGUGGCUCAUUCCCGGGGUCAUGUGCGCCUUGCCCGCUGCCUUGAGGAACUACAGAGACAGGAAGCUUCACUUGAGCCCCCACUUGCCGCCCUAUCACCACCCUCCUCCAGCCCAGACACUGGUCUGAGCAGCGUCUCCUCACCCUCAGAGCUGUCGGAUGGCACUUUCUCUAUCACAUCAGCCUAUUCUAGUGCCCCGGAUGGCAGUCCUCCCCCUGCUCCUCUACCCGCCUCUGAGAUUACUAUGGAGAUGGUCCCAGGCCAGCUCUCCUCUGGUGCCCCAGAGACCCCUCUCCUCUUCAUGGACUAUGAGGCUACCAAUCCCAGUGGGCCCCCAGCCUCCCCUCCUGCCCUCCCACCAGCCCCAGACAAUGAGGCUGCUCCGGAGGAUGCUGACAGCUCACAGGCUGUGGAUGUGAUCUCGGUGGACAUGAUCUCACUGGCCAAACAGAUCAUUGAAGCCACACCAGAGCGGAUUAAACGAGAGGACUUCGUGGGGCUGCCUGAGGCCAGAGCCUCAAUGCAGGAGCGGACCGGGACCGUGGGGCUCAGCGAGACCAUGUCCUGGCUGGCCAGCUACUUGGAGAAUGUGGACCAUUUCCCCAGCUCAGCCCCUCCCAGUGAACUGCCUUUUGAGCGAAGUCGUCUGGCCGUUCCCCCAGCACCUUCCUGGGCAGAGUUUCUCUCUGCAUCUACCAGUGGCAAGAUGGAAAGUGAUUUUGCUCUGCUGACACUAUCGGAUCAUGAGCAGCGGGAACUGUACGAGGCAGCCCGAGUCAUCCAGACAGCCUUCCGGAAGUACAAGGGCCGGAGGCUGAAGGAGCAACAGGAAGUAGCAGCAGCUGUAAUCCAGCGCUGUUACCGGAAGUACAAGCAGCUGACCUGGAUUGCACUUAAGUUUGCACUCUAUAAGAAGAUGACCCAGGCAGCCAUCCUGAUUCAGAGCAAGUUCCGAAGCUACUAUGAGCAGAAGCGAUUUCAGCAGAGCCGCAGAGCAGCUGUGCUUAUUCAGCAGCACUACCGCUCCUACCGCCGCAGGCCAGGGCCUCCUCACCGGCCCUCGGGCACUCUGCCUGUCCGCAACAAAGGUUCAUUUCUCACCAAGAAGCAGGACCAGGCAGCUCGGAAGAUCAUGAGAUUCCUGCGGCGCUGCCGACACAGGUACUCGUGGCUUCUCUCCCCAAGUCUUCGCCCUGCCACCACCUCUGAUCCACCAGUCCCCUCUGACUCCUUUGUCUUUCUGCAGGAUGAGAGAAUUGAAGCAGAACCAGGAGCUAGAAGGGCUUCCCCAGCCAGGACUGGCCACCUGACCGCUCCACUGCCUUUCUCACCCCCCUGGGGCGCUUCUUGCAGUCUUAACAGGGAAAAGGCUUUCUGGGGUAGGGGGAGCCCUGUUUGGCAGCUUUCCUUUUCACCUUUGUUGGAGCCCUCAUAGGCCCCCACUUUCUUCCCCACCCCUGCUCCCACAUUUUGCCCCUCUUUCCUCCUGGUCGUUCCCCUCCCCUUUUGGUCCCUGGCUCCAGAGACCCACGUCCCCCACACCUGCAUCUUCGGCAAUGAUCUACAGAGCCCUGCCUGCCCCUUCUCAGCUCCCUCCUGCCUGCACCCGACUCGGGCCCCUUCCUGACUUGCCUUAUUUAUUUGUUCGACGCGUCUCUGAAUGUAUCUGCCUCGGUCCCCAUCUCUGCCUUCGCUGCGCCGCCCCUCGUGUUUCAGGGCUGACCGUGCCCCUACCCCGACUCCGCAUGUUUGCGUCCGUUUCCUCCCUUUCUGGCCCUGUCUUCCCCCAACACCCUGACUCUGGCCACCAAACCCUGGGGCCAAAGGGGAGGGGUUGUACAUAGGAACGCGUUGCGGAGUCCCGCCCCUGUCUCCCGAGAGGAGGGGGCCUGUACAUACUGUAACAUACAGAGUAUAGUGAAGAAUCUAUUUAAGGCGCCGCGGGGAGGGCUGCGCGGCCGGGCUUGCGGUUCCCUGGCGCGACGGGGACCUCCUGCCGGCUCCACGAGCACUUUCUACUUGUGCAUGGGCUUGAUUUAUACGAAUUGCCAUUAAACAUCACUGCACCA